GCUCCUUCCUCUACAAACAAACACACCUUACAAUCUCCCUUGAACAACAAGGCCAGCACAUACAACAAUGGCCGGUAUGUUGAUGAAGAUAGCCUGUAUGGUGGUGGCUUGCAUGGUGGUGUUAGCACCCUAUGGAGAAGCUAUCAUCACCUGUGGUCAGGUGACAAGCAAUUUGCUUCCUUGCUUGAACUACCUAAGGAACGGCGGGCAAGUUCCCACAAACUGUUGUGCGGGUGUCAGGAGUGUUAAAAGAGCGGCUAGAACUCGUCCAGACAGGCAAAACGCUUGUAAAUGCAUUAAGAGUGCUUGUAAAGACUACCCUGGAAUAAUCGAGGCUAAUGCCGCUAUUCUCCCCAAAAAAUGUAGUGUCAAAAUUCCUUACCAUAUCCAAUAUAGCAUCGACUGCUCAAAGAUUCAGUGAUUUUUAGAGUACGAAGAUCGAGGAAGAUUAAGCGAUGAGAUACCGUAUGUGUUGUAAUUCUGUUAUUUUUUUUACAAAUAAAAGAUGAGGAUUAUAUUCAUUUAA